AUGUUAACUCAAUCACCUGUACAAGAAACUUCAUUAAAUUAUCAACAUGUAAAUUCAACAACAAAACGACAAUUGUCAUCAUUUCCAAUUUCAAAUCAACAAUCUUUACCAAUAACACAUCAAGAAGUUACAGUAUCAUCAAAUUUAAUAGAUAUACAACAACAAAAUCAAUCUAUACCAUCUAAAGAUCGUCCAUUAAGUGAUGCAGAACUUACUUUGAAUAAAAUUAAAUCUCCUUCUGGAAUUCCUCGAUUGUUAUCUUUGAAUGAUUCGAUUGCUAACAGAUUGAAUAAUAAUAAUAAUAAUAAUAAAAGUAGUAACAAUAAUAAUUCAUCUCCAGAUAAUUCGCCAACUGAACAAAAUGAUGAGAAUCGCAUGUCAAAUGGUAAUGCUUGUAACACUAAUAAUACUGCAACCAAUUAUACAAAUACGAAUACUAAUAGUAAUUAUAAUUCGAUAUAUUCAAACAAUAUCUCAACAGAUCAUUCAACCUUACAAUCAAAUUCAUCUUAUCCACAAAAAUAUUUACCAACAAAGUAUAAUACAUUAUCAUCACCAAAUGGUUCUGGUAAUCAACGUGUUAGCCGACCACGUACUAUUAAUACAAUACAACCAGGGAAUAGACAAGAUCGAACAAUGUCUGAACAUCCUCACAAGUCAGUUGAUACGGAAUCGGAUACAUCAAGUGUAUUCUCUAGCAGUGGCCCACCAAGACCAAUCUCUUCGAAAAUUGGGUCGUUUCAAAAUGCAAAACAUAAACCAGGAGGUGGAAAUGUACAAAUUUUCAAUGAAAAAGUAAUUGUGAAUACAGUUGCUGGAAAAUGUAAUUCAUUAGCUAAUGUCAAGCAUAAACCAGGUGGAGGAAAUCUACAAAUUAUUGAUCAAAACUUGAUUUUUCAUCUAAUACACAAUCGAAAGUUCGAUCAUUUCAAAAUAUUAAACACGUUCCUGGUGGAGAUACCUGUUGAAAAAUUAGAUUUUAAAGAGAAAGCAUCACCAAAAGUUGGAUCACUUGCCAAUGUGAAACAUAAUCCAGCGGGUGGUGAUGUGAAAAUUUUCAAUGAACAUCUUCCAUGGUUAAAAUAUAAUAAACCAAAUUUACCAGAUUCAGAAAAAGAUCGAAUUAAUAAACGAUCUAAUAAUCAUAGUUUAAAUGGAACAAAUGGUAAUGAUCUAAUGAAUACAUCAAUGUUAUCAGGCAGUACAGGACAUUAA